GCCCCGGUGCGGGGCCGCCGCGGAUGGAUGCUGCGGGAAGGGGCUGCCAUUUGCCGCCCCUGCCAGCGGCGCGCAGACCUGUUCGCUCUCCGGCGGUGGCGGCCGCCGUCAGCGCUGUUCGUCUGUCCGGCUUCUGCAGCGGCGCCGCCUCGGCUCCCUCCGCGGCCGCCGGAGCGGUCGCCAUGAACCCCAGCUCCUCGGCGGCAGAGGAGAAGGGGGCAACGGGCGGCAGCAGCAGCAGCGGAAGCGGCGCCGGGAGCUGCUGCCUGGGCGCCGAGGGCGGUGCGGACCCGAGGGGCGCGGGGGCAGCGGCGGCGGCUGGGGCCGCUGCCCUGGAAGAGCCCGGGGCCGCCGGCCCGAAAGAGAAGGACGAGGCGCUGGAGGAGAAGCUGCGGAACUUAACUUUCCGGAAGCAGGUCUCUUACAGGAAAGCAAUCUCCCGGGCGGGCCUGCAGCACCUGGCCCCUGCACAUCCCCUCAGCAUUCCUGUGGCAAACGGGCCAGCGAAGGAGCCCAGAGCGACUCUGGACUGGAGUGAAAAUGCCGUGAAUGGAGAGCACCUGUGGCUGGAGACCAACGUCUCGGGAGACCUGUGCUACCUGGGGGAGGAGAACUGCCAAGUCAGAUUUGCAAAAUCAGCUCUCAGGAGGAAGUGUGCGGUCUGUAAGAUCGUGGUCCACACCGCCUGCAUCGAACAGCUAGAAAAGAUUAAUUUCCGAUGUAAACCAACAUUUCGAGAAGGGGGCUCAAGAUCACCGAGAGAAAAUUUUGUGCGUCAUCACUGGGUACACAGGCGUCGGCAGGAGGGAAAAUGUAAGCAGUGUGGUAAGGGCUUCCAGCAAAAAUUCUCCUUCCACAGUAAAGAGAUUGUGGCUAUCAGCUGUUCCUGGUGCAAGCAGGCGUUUCACAAUAAGGUGACCUGCUUCAUGCUGCACCAGAUUGAGGAACCCUGCUCCCUGGGGGCUCACGCUGCUGUUAUUGUCCCGCCCACCUGGAUCAUUAAGGUGAAGAAACCUCAGAACUCGCUGAAGGCUUCAAAUCGGAAGAAGAAGAGAACAAGCUUUAAAAGAAAAGCCAGUAAAAGAGGAACUGAAGAAAACAAAGGUCGUCCUUUUGUGAUAAAACCUAUCUCUUCUCCUCUCAUGAAACCUUUGCUUGUGUUUGUGAACCCCAAGAGUGGAGGCAACCAGGGAACCAAGGUCAUGCAGAUGUUCAUGUGGUACCUGAACCCACGGCAAGUCUUUGAUCUUUCUCAGGAAGGGCCAAAAGACGCGCUUGAAUUAUAUAGGAAAGUACCAAAUCUGCGGAUUCUGGCCUGUGGUGGGGAUGGAACGGUGGGCUGGAUCCUUUCCAUUCUGGAUGAACUGCAGCUGAGCCCUCAGCCUCCGGUUGGGGUCCUUCCUCUGGGGACUGGGAACGACCUGGCUCGAACUCUCAACUGGGGAGGGGGCUACACUGAUGAACCUGUUUCUAAGAUCCUUUGCCAAGUAGAAGAUGGGACCAUUGUACAGCUAGAUCGCUGGAACCUCCAUGUGGAAAGAAACCCAGACUUGCCUCCAGAAGAACUCGAAGAUGGCGUGUGUAAGCUUCCUCUGAAUGUUUUCAAUAAUUACUUCAGCCUCGGAUUUGAUGCCCACGUCACACUGGAGUUCCAUGAAUCCAGAGAAGCAAAUCCAGAGAAAUUCAACAGUCGUUUUCGAAAUAAAAUGUUCUAUGCAGGGGCAGCUUUUUCUGAUUUCCUACAGAGAAGCUCUAGAGAUUUAUCCAAGCAUGUUAAAGUUGUCUGUGAUGGAACAGAUCUCACCCCAAAGAUUCAGGAACUGAAGUUCCAGUGUAUAGUAUUUUUAAAUAUACCCAGAUAUUGUGCUGGCACAAUGCCUUGGGGGAACCCAGGAGAUCACCAUGACUUUGAACCUCAGCGUCAUGACGAUGGUUAUAUUGAAGUCAUUGGAUUCACCAUGGCCUCUCUGGCUGCCCUGCAAGUCGGGGGCCACGGAGAAAGGCUGCACCAGUGUCGGGAGGUCAUGCUGCUAACUUACAAAUCCAUCCCCAUGCAAGUGGAUGGGGAGCCCUGUAGGUUGGCCCCGGCUAUGAUUCGGAUCUCGUUGAGGAAUCAGGCCAACAUGGUACAGAAGAGCAAGAGAAGGACGUCCAUGCCUUUACUCAAUGAUCCCCAGUCUGUCCCAGACCGUCUGAGGAUCCGGGUGAACAAAAUCAGUUUACAAGACUAUGAAGGAUUCCACUAUGACAAAGAGAAGCUCCGGGAAGCUUCCAUCCCCCUGGGUAUUCUGGUUGUGCGCGGAGACUGUGAUUUGGAGACUUGCCGUAUGUACAUAGAUCGCCUGCAGGAGGACCUGCAGUCAGUUUCUUCUGGCUCCCAGAGAGUUCAUUACCAGGACCACGAAACCUCCUUCCCCAGGGCGCUCUCAGCUCAGAGACUCUCCCCACGGUGGUGCUUUCUAGAUGCUACUUCUGCUGAUCGCUUUUAUCGAAUAGACAGAUCUCAGGAACACUUGCACUUUGUGAUGGAGAUUUCUCAAGAUGAGAUUUUUAUUCUGGACCCAGAUAUGGUGUUGUCACAGCAGGCAGGGACACCCCCAGGAAUGCCUGAUCUGGUGGUGGAGCAAGCCUCCGGAAUGACAGACUGGUGGAAUCCUGCCCUCCGGAAACGCAUGCUGAGUGACAGUGGGCUGGGAAUGAUAACUCCGUAUUACGAAGAAGACUCAGAUCUGAAAGAUUUCAGCCACUCCCGAGUGCUACAGUCACCAGUCUCUUCAGAAGAUCACGCAAUUUUGCAGGCAGUAAUAGCUGGUGAUCUUAUGAAGCUAAUAGAAAGCUAUAAAAAUGGAGGCAGCCUGCUAAUUCAGGGACCAGACCACUGUUCACUCCUUCACUACGCAGCUAAAACCGGCAACGGGGAGAUUGUGAAAUAUAUCCUUGACCACGGACCUUCUGAGUUAUUGGAUAUGGCAGACAGCGAAACGGGUGAGACCGCACUGCACAAGGCAGCUUGCCAGCGGAACCGGGCUGUGUGCCAGCUUCUGGUGGACGCAGGAGCAUCUCUGAGAAAGACGGACUCCAAGGGUAAGACACCUCAAGAGAGAGCACAGCAGGCCGGGGACCCGGAUUUGGCAGCCUACCUAGAAAGCCGCCAGAACUAUAAGAUCAUUGGCCAUGAGGACCUGGAAACUGCUGUUUGACCCUGGUAGACAGGCUGAGAGAAUCUGAACGAGCAUAUCACCUGUGCCCUCCUGGUGAUUGGGCAGCUCCCCUGGAAGAAGCUGAUGGAAUCCAUAAAUCUGUCUCUCUCCUGCAAGAAUCUAUCUGAGACCAUGCCACCAGUUUUAAGGGCUACCAAGAUGUACAACAGAACAUGAUAGCCCACUGAGGACGAGGCAGGAUACCUGGAGAUUUGUGGAAUACAGAUUCCACAAAAUUCGAUCCUUAUUGCUUCCAGCAAGUAGCAUGAACUUCUGUGUUCACCUGUAUAAUUUAUUUUAAAGAUUCAAGGAUGUUUGUAUAAAUGGCACUGCUCCCUCCGCCCCCUAUGCAUUCACCUUUCCCCCGUACCGCACAAUUCUCCUGUAAUGACCCAUCAAUUUAAAAAAUAUGAUAUGAUCGGUUCUCUUUACAUUCAGCCUUUGGAGACCAGAAGACUCUGAAGGUCUUUUCAAACCCUCUGGCUGUCCUGCAAAAAUAUAACCGUCAGACCGCUUCCAUUUCCACGACUAAACAUACCGAGACUACUUAGUGACCUUUGCAUGUCUCCUCUCCCCCUCCUUAAUCCCUUUUCGUUAUACAGGAGCUGGGGAGUGCCACAGAAAUAAUGUCAGCUUGUGUGCAAUAUCUCUGAGGCGUGGCAAGGUGGCAUGGGAGUUGUCUGGGCUCAGAGGUACCUCAGAGAGGGGACCCAGGGGUCAACCCAGGUGGCAGGGCUGUUGCCGAGAGCCACGGAGGACCGGUUCAGCUUGGGCUGUUGGUCCAGCUCCGUACUGCCUACAUGUAGCCAUCUUUGCCUUUUGCUGCAAUAGAGAUGAGCAAUGGAUUCAACAAAGGCCCACAGCUAGUUUGCAGAACCACUCAAUUUUAAGUGCUGCUGAAAUUGCAGAGCAGAAAACCAUGUGUGGGAACUGUGGUUACAGGAAAUGGAGCGCUACGACAGCGUUUACUUUUAGGCUUUUUUGACUGAUAAUAGAAAGCAGGCUAAUCGACUGGAAAUAAAACAGCAAAAGCAAAAGUAGCAACAUAUGUCAAAAUAACUCACUUAAGCAAGAAAACAGUCGCUGGAAUGUCGCACAGAGGCUAAAAGAUUCAGGUACAGUGGUGAGAGGGGGCCCAUUUUAGGUUUUCCUUCUAAGGUUUUGGUUUUCAUUACCCCAAGUAAGCCUUGUCCCAAGGACAAAGCCUUGUUUUAUGAGUUCCACUGCCAGAUUUCCGAGAUGCCUGGAUCUUUCUGAUGGAUGCCUCACCUGCUACUACUUGUCAGGUUCCAAGGUCAUACCUGAUAGCACUAUAGCCCCAUAGCUCAUGUACAGGGUGGUCAAAUAUAUUCUUUUUUUCUGUUUCCCCUACCAGAAUGUUCUUAGUGCAGACUACUGUGGGAGUCUAGCCAGGAACAUCUUGCUGGCAGUAGAAUUACAGCUUCUAAUCCUGCCACGGAUCAUUGGUACUUACAGGCACCUCUAUUAAGGACUCUAUGAUAACUAAAGUAUCAGGAGAAAAAGUCUUCUUUCACUGAAAAGAUCUACUUGACUUGGGUAUAAGGCAAAAGUGAAAGUGGGUGACCUUUUUGCUUUAAACUAAAUCGAUGUCUUCUGAGCUUCUUCCAUUUAGUUCUUAGACAUAAAGUGUUUCCCUAGUGUUUCUGCAUGUAAACAUAAAUGACUGUCUCUCUACAUUUAAUUUAAAGCUCCAGCGGUGAUGCCUUGCUUGUCUGAACCACUUUUGGUCACGUAUCAUUUUGAAAGUACAAAGAUGAUAUAUACUGUAUUAGGUUGGAAUAGCCUCUCAGUGGAUGGGGUCUAAGUCUGUCCUUAGUUGUUUCAAAAUCAAAUGGUUGGUGUUAUUUCCAGCUGUGGGAGAAUGGGUUGGUUGUCAGUAAUCUAUUUCCAUACAUAAGUCUUAGAAAUGGAACUAUGUUUUGGGUUUUCUGGUGAGGGCAAAAGGGACUGGAGUCGAUUAUUUCCAGAAGCUAGAAGAAAGAAAAAAGCUCCAGGAGAAUUUGAUCACUGGGCUUCUGCUGGGAGUUUUCCAGUUGGUGGGACUGUCAAGGAGAUGUUGUGAUGACAGACAUAUAAUCCUUAUGACAGACUGGAAUCUGGCUUUGAAUGGUGCCUUCCAUUCCCUAGAUUGAGCCAAGCACUUGGCUCUGCAGCCAGUUACCAGCUGCCAUUGCUGGGAUGAAGGACUCUGCUUUCACCAACUACCAUCUCAUAUUUCUCUGGUAUGCUUCAAAGCGGCCCAGAGAAAAUUGAGGGUACAGGUGGCUAUGGGCCAAUUCAAAUAGCUCCAACUGAAGUCAUACGUAAAUCCUUGAUAUGGAAAUAGAUGAGGUAAUGACUACUGUAGGGGUCCUGGUGCAUUUGGAAAUUCUUCCAGAGCAAAAAAAGAAAGAUGUUAAUGUCCUAUGUUAUUGAUGGGGAAUGACAUAGGACCAAGACAAACACCCAGAGAACUUAGGUUUUACAAAAAAAAAAAAAAAAGCAUCAAAAA